AUGCCAGCCAACGAAUCAUUGAAACCUUGGAUAGAGAAAUAUAGACCACGCACUAUCAAUGACGUAGCUGCACAGGAUCAUACAAUACGAGUUCUUAACAAACAACUCAACAACGCUAAUUUACCACAUAUGUUAUUCUAUGGUCCACCUGGUACUGGUAAAACAUCCACUAUUCUCGCUUUAUCCAGGCAAUUAUUUGGCCAGGAUCUCGUAAAUAGUCGCGUACUCGAGUUAAACGCGUCUGAUGAGCGUGGUAUUAGCGUUGUUCGCGAUAAAAUUAAAAACUUUGCAAAACAAGCACCAAAGGCUUCUUCUUCAUCCAAUACUCCUUCUUACAAGAUUAUUAUACUCGAUGAAGCUGAUUCUAUGACUCAAGAUGCUCAAUCUGCUUUGAGGCGUACAAUGGAAACUUAUUCCAAGUCGACUAGAUUCUGCUUAGUCUGUAAUUACGUUACUAGAAUCAUCGAACCUGUCGCUUCUCGUUGUUCAAAAUUCCGCUUUAAGCCACUUGACGAUACUGAUACCAAAGCUAGACUCGAAUUUAUCGCUAAAGAGGAGCAUAUUGAUUAUGAGGAUGGUGUAAUUGAUGCACUCAUAAGCACAACCCAUGGCGACCUCAGACAGGCUAUCACAUACCUUCAAUCAGCUACACGCUUACAUCAAGCAACAUCGACAAAAAUAAUUCCAGAUACGAUUACUGAAAUUGCCGGUACUAUACCUCAACACAUAAUUGAUAACAUAGUGUCUGUUUGUUCGAACAAAAAGAAUUUUAAGGAGGUACAGAGCACACUCAAGCAAAUCCAUUUGAAUGGUUAUGCUUCAGCUCAGAUACUUGCACAGCUCCAUGACAAAGUUAUAGACAGUUCUAGUAUAGCUGACUCCUCAAAAGCUAAAUCAGUGUUAGCCAUCGCAGAAGCAGACAAAGCGCUAACCGAUGGAGCAGAUGAUGAGCUUCAAAUGCUCAACCUCGCAAUGAAACUGCAAAAAGCAUUUAACCGUGUCAACUGA